AUGCCUACAAUCGGUAGUAGUGCUUUAGUUACAGUUCAAGCUAGACGUUUUAGUGCUCGUGCACACGGUAAUAUGCCUAAACGUGCUGCAAAUCAUGGCAUUAAUUAUACUGGUGGUCGAACUAGUUUAUAUAAACAAAUUUACAACAAUGGUGCUAGAAAUGGAGAAUUCAAUAUCACUGAACAAUUUGUACAUGCAUGUGAAAAUGGAGAUUAUAAUACUGUUAAUAGAAUUCUUAAAGAUAAUCCAAAAAUUAAUAUUGAUGCAACUGAUCAAUUAGGUCGUACAGCAAUGCGACUAGCUAUUGAAAAUGAACAUCUUGAAGUUGUGACACUUCUUUUACAACAUUGUGAUGGACAAAAAAUGCGUGAAGCAUUACUACUUUCUAUUUAUCUUGGUCAUAUUCAAAUAGCCGAAGCAUGUUUACGUCAUCCAAAUUAUAAAAGACUAAAUGAAAAAAAUAUUUUUAAAGAUGAUCCAUUUUGGUUAACACCAUCAUCAGAUGAUGCACAAUUUGCACCUGAUAUAACACCAUUAAUAUUAGCAUCACAAUAUAAUCGUACUGAAAUUGUUCAAUUAUUAUUACGCGACGGUGAUCGUAUAAUAAAACCUCAUGAUUAUCAUUGUAAAUGUCAAGAAUGUCAUAAUAAAUUUAAAUUUGAUUCUUUACGUCAUGCACAAUCACGUUUAAAUGCAUAUCGUGGUUUAGCAAGUGAAAGUUAUAUUAGUUUAGCAUCAAUUGAUCCAAUUCUGACUGCAUUUGAACUUGGACAUGAAUUAAGAGAAUUAUCUCGAAAAGAAAAAUAUUUUAAAAAUGAAUAUAUUAAUUUAGCUAAUCAAUUAAGUGCAUAUGCUGUUAAAUUACUUGAUAAAGUUCGUGGUCAUAAAGAACUUGAAUGUGUGUUAGGAAAAACAGGAAAAGAAACAGAAGAAAAAUAUCUUUUAUUAGCUCGACUUUAUCUUGCUAUUAAAUAUGAAGAAAAACCGUUUGUUGCUCAUUCUAAUUGUCAACAAAAAUUAGUUGAAAUUUGGCAUAGUGAUAUUCGUAAUAUAUUUAAAUUAAAUCCUUUAAUUAUACUUUUAUUAACUAUUGCUUACAUUUUCGUAUUACCAUUUAUAUGUAUAUGUUAUAUACUCACAUCAUGGUCAAAACGUACAAUUAAGUUACAAAAAUUUCUUAAACAACCAUGUAUAAAAUUUCUUGGUCAUACAGUAUCAUAUGGAAUAUUUAUUAUAUUAAUAAUUUUAUCAAGUCUUUUAUUUGCUAGUGAAUUUCAAAAACCAUUAAUACAAUUAAGGGUAAAUUAUCCUGCUAUAUCAUUAGCAUUAAAUCAAACAAUUGAAUCAUGUCAAAAUAAUUCAACAUCUAAUAAUUGCCUUUAUUAUCCAAUUGAUGAUUUUUUCUUUCGACUUAAUACUCCAACUUGGAUUGAUAUAGCAAUUACUAUUUUUAUUGUUGGUUUUCUUUGGCAUGAAAUUAAACAAGGGUAUAUAGAUGGUCUUAAAGAUUAUCUUCUUUCAUGGAAUAAUAUUGUUGAUUCAUGCAUGAAUAUUUUAUAUUUAUCAUCAUUUGCACUUAAAUAUUAUGUUUUCUAUCAAGUAACAAUUGCUAUUCGAACAAUUGAAAAUCCUUAUUUUAUAACUGAUAUAAAAGAACUAUUUAAUUCAACUAAAGAAAAACAACAAAGUGUCUAUCAAACAUUAUAUUGGUUAAAUGCUGAUCGUUUUUAUUGGGUUGCAUUUGAUCCAGUUAAUGUUGCUGAAGGACUUUUUGCUAUAGCAAAUAUAUUCAGUUUUUCACGUAUAUGUUUUCUUUUACCAGCAUUUCAACAUUUAGGACCAUUACAAAUUUCACUUGGUCGUAUGAUGUCUGAUAUUGGAAAAUUUAUAAUUAUAUUUCUUAUAAUCUUUUCUGGAUUUAUGUUUGGAUUAAAUAAUUUAUUUUGGUAUUACAGUAAAUCUGUACGUCAAAAUGUUGAAAUUGUACAACAUGAUUUUGGUAAUGAUGAUCCUCCAUUACCAGCUGAAACAUAUUUUGGAACAAUGGGUGCAACAUUUAAAACUGUUUUUUGGUCAUUAUUUGGUUUAUCAGAAAAAGAUGGAGUUAAAUUAGGAGCUUAUAAUAAUCGUUUUACAGAAUUAACUGGAUAUUUAAUUUAUGGAACAUUUAAUAUUGCAAGUGUUAUCGUUUUACUUAAUAUGCUUAUUGCUAUGAUGUCAAAAUCAUAUGAAACUAUUGAAGAACAUGCUGAUGUCGAAUGGAAAUUUGCUCGAAGUAAACUUUAUAUGGAAUAUAUUAAAGAAGGUGGCACAUUACCUGUUCCAUUCAAUAUAAUUCCAACUCCGAAAAGUGUAUAUUAUCUCUAUCUACGAAUAUUUCAUCAUAAAAAAAAAUCUUCAUCAAAUCCUUCUGAUCAUGAUAGUUCAACAGGUAAUAAUACAAAUUUACCAGUUAUGAUCCGACGACCAUCACCAAAUGUCAAUCGAAAUAUUCCUAUAGCAGUUAUAUCAAAUGGUCAAACAGCGCAUACAAAUAAUAUAAAUUAUGUUCCACGUCGAAAAUCAUUAGAUUUAAAUCAAACAUUAACAUAUCGUAAAGUAAUGGAACGUGUUAUAAAACGUUUUCUUUUACAUAAACAACGUGAAGAACAAGAUGAAAUUCGUGAAGGAGAUUUUGAAGAACUGAAACAAGAUAUUCAAAUGUUACGUUUUGAAAUGAUGAAUCGUUUAGAUGAAACACGUGAUGAUUUAGCUAAAAAUAGUCUUCUUUUAAAUGAAGGUGUACUUGUUGUUGGAGAAUUAUUAUCAUCAUUAACACGUGAUACAAAUCCAUUGAUUAAAGAUAAUUUUCAUUUAUUUAAAAAAAAUUUUUAUUCAACAUUAGAUAAAGUACGUUCAAUUGAUAGUGGAAUUGAAUCGAAUGAUAUAGGAACAACAAUAUCAAAUAUACCAUCAGUUACUAGUACAACAUCCAUGCCUAAUUUAAUGAAUCCUAUUAACUCAGAUAAAGCGUUAUCAACAUCAAAUUCUGCACCUAUUCUAUCGACAAAUAAUUCUAGUGAAACAAAUGUGAAUCCGAUACAAAUAAUGAAACAAUUAAGUAUAGCACAUAUUACAUUGGCAAAUAUUGCAGAAGAUGAUGAAAAUAUAGAUACUAAUAAACAAGACGAAGAAGAAGAAGAAAUUGAAGCACGUCAUAUGUCAAUACAAACAUCAUCAGAUAAUGAAAAUGAAGACAAAUCCAAGAACAAUAAAUUUGUUUUAAAAAUGUAA